AUGGAGCAAUGGCAGUCGUACAACGAUGCGGCCGGCGGCUCCAACAGGUACAACGGCAAUGGCAACGGCCAGCUUAACAGGGACUAUAGCGCCCGGCCAGCUCAGGCGCAGCCGCCCGCUGGCUUCAAAUACGAGCAGCAGCAACAGUACUCUGCUGCUGGAGCAGGAGGUGGAUUGAACUCGCAUCCCACACCAAACUCCAUGACCUCCCCCAUCACCACCCCGCAACUCCGCGACGGUAAUGGCGACGUGACCAUGCAGGACGCCCACGAUCCCUACGCCGGGAAGCAAUAUCCCAUGCGGCCCCAUCACCAGUCGCACCUCUCUGGCGGCGCUGGCCGCUCCUCAAACCUGCACUCCCCGCAGGAGCCAUCCGCUGCUGCCCAACGAUACUCACCCAUGGAGGUGCUAUCACCAACCUCGCCCUAUGCGCCAAAACAAAACGCCAGCGGCCAGUUUUCUGCUCCUCCCGCGACGCGACAAUCGCCGACCAGACCGUCUGAUUAUCAACCCCCGCAGAGCCCUUAUUACCAAGGCGGCCGACAAGCACCACAACAGCUCCCCUCUCUCGCAUCCUACGCCGCCGGGAAUGAGGGCUAUACCGCAUCCGCGACCGUCAGCUCCCUCGAGGCCAGCUACGCGAACGAUCCAAAGUCACCCAGACGACCGGUUCCUCAAUCAACCGGAAGAGGCCCAGUGCCCGAAUUUAAGAAGCUCAGGGCUCCCACGGACCUCAGGCCAAAGGUCAACGCCCAGCCGCCAUUCCGAAGAGCUAACCCUGAGGGUGGCUUCAUCAGUCCUCUCCAAGCCCUCACGGUUCACUUGCCAGCGACAUAUCGCAUUUGCAACCCUAGCUUCAAAUACGAGUCAUCGCGAAACCCACGACGAGUUCUCACGAAGCCCAGCAAGGGUACGAAGAACGAUGGCUACGAUAAUGAAGACAGUGACUAUAUCUUAUAUGUCAAUGACAUCCUGGGCUCUGAAGAAGCUGGCCACAAGAACCGUUACUUGAUCUUGGAUGUGCUCGGCCAGGGUACCUUUGGCCAAGUCGUGAAGUGCCAGAACUUGAAGACCCAGGAGGUCGUCGCUGUCAAAGUUAUCAAGAAUCGCACUGCAUAUUUUAAUCAGAGUAUGAUGGAGGUGUCCGUUUUGGAUUUGUUGAACACAAAACUGGACAAGAACGAUGAUCAUCAUCUUCUACGACUAAAAGAUACCUUUAUUCAUCGGCAGCAUCUUUGCCUCGUCUUCGAGCUAUUGAGCGUCAAUCUCUACGAGUUGAUCAAGCAGAACCAGUUUAGAGGUCUCAGCACGACCCUAGUACGCGUGUUUGCACAACAGCUACUCAAUGGAUUGGCGCUGCUGAACAAGGCUCGCCUGAUUCACUGUGACCUGAAGCCCGAGAACAUUCUUCUGAAGAACCUUGAGAGCCCUAUUAUCAAGAUCAUUGAUUUUGGGUCAGCCUGCGAUGAGCGACAGACCGUCUAUACUUAUAUUCAGUCACGGUUCUACCGGUCGCCCGAGGUCUUACUGGGCUUACCUUAUUCGUCUGCGAUCGAUAUGUGGUCGCUUGGGUGUAUCGUUGUCGAAUUGUUCCUAGGUCUUCCCUUGUUCCCCGGCUCGUCAGAGUACAAUCAGGUGUCCCGUAUCGUCGAGAUGUUAGGAAAUCCUCCGAAUUGGAUGAUUGAGAUGGGCAAGCAGGCCGGCGAGUUCUUCGAGAAGAGGCAAGACGAGUUUGGGCGACGGACGUAUCACCUCAAGAGUAUGGAGCAAUACUCACGAGAACACGGCACGAAAGAGCAGCCAAGCAAGAAAUACUUUCAGGCUAGCACACUGCCCGAGAUCAUCAAAUCCUACCCUAUGCCACGGAAGAAUAUGAAGCAAAGCGAGAUUGAUCGUGGUACGUAUCAACUCAGUUCUACUCUAAAGAAACUUCACUAA